GUACACAGUGGGAUUUCUGCACAUAUUUAUCUUUUUUUCCCGUCAUAUCAUUGCUCUGAUUUUCCAUAUCGCUGCUCUGAUAUUUCCUUGGUUUUAGCUAUGCGUGCCGUUUGUCUGACGCAACUAUCGGUUCGGCUCUGCUUUUUUCCGUGGGUUGCAGGUAUUCGCCGUCAUCGGUUGGCUAUCAUUUCUUCUCUUUUGACAGGUAGGCUGGAAAGACAGAGCAGUUCGAAGAGGCUUGUAGUCUGGAGAGACUCAGGAGUCUGGAAAGAUUCAGUAGUCUGA